CGCGUGAUUUAAACACCCCCUUUCCCCACGCUUCCCCUCCCCUAUUGCCCCGUACACCCCAUUCUUCUGCCUCUUUCUUUCUACUCCACUCAUUCACUGUCUCACGCGCUCGGCUUCACAUUCAUUGAGUCCAGCUUUAAACAAUGAGAAUGGAGGCGCUUUGUGUCGGACAGACAUCGUCUCGCGCCGUUGUGUUUGUUUAAUAGUUUCUGCUCAUAUUCGGGAUCUCGAUAAACACAAUGGGGUGCUGCAGCGGACGAUGUACCCUAAUAUUUCUCUGCACGUUUCAGUUGAUGGUGGCAUUAGAGAGGCAGGUGUUUGAUUUCUUGGGCUAUCAGUGGGCUCCCAUCCUUGCCAACUUCUUCCACAUCCUGGUUGUCAUCCUGGGCCUGUUUGGCACCAUUCAGUACCGACCUCGCUACAUUGUGGUGUACACCGUAUGGACGGCGCUGUGGGUGGCCUGGAAUGUCUUUAUUAUCUGUUUCUACCUGGAGGUUGGAGGACUGUCAAAGGACAGUGACCUCUUGACCUUUAACAUCUCAGCUCACCACUCCUGGUGGAGCGAGCACGGGCCGGGAUGUGUUCGAAGAGAGAUCCAUGCCAGCGAAGACCAAACACAGUCCUAUAUAUCAAUCAUGGGCUGUCUGCUGGACUACCAGUACAUAGAGGUUCUUCACAGCAGCUUCCAAAUUCUUAUCUCUCUGUUGGGUUUCAUCUACGCCUGCUACGUCAUCAGCGUUAUCACAGAGGAGGAAGACAGUUUUGAUUUUAUUGGUGGAUUUGACCCAUUCCCACUCUACCAUGUCAAUGAGAAACCAUCUCAUCUUCUCUUAAAGCCUAUGCAUCAGUCUUCGUAAAUGAGCAUCUCAGAUGAUUCAUCCACUCCAGUAGACUUUUCCUCAUUCAUUGAGAUCCACGGCUUCCUCAUUAAAACGCUCUUCAAUCUUCAUUAUCAACCCCUGCGGGUCCGGACGAAGACCGGAGAGUCGGCCGUCCGAUCCAACUCUGGACAAUGUACAGUUUGAACAAAGUACAGCUGCCUCGUUUAAAUGCCGUUACAAGUGGCUGUAAAACAUAUCUAAACAAAAGCUCCAUUAUUUUUA